GCUUUCCGCAGCCGGCGGGCAGCGCGGCGGCCACGGCCCCAGCGACCCGGCCCGCCAGCCUGGAUCCCGGCCGGCCCGAGGCCCCGAGCCCGCGGCCCCCGCUGCCCCCGGACCAGGGAGCCGAGCGCCCGCGCCCCGCCGUGUCCGCAUGUCCUCGACGGAGAGCCCCGCGCGCCCCGCCGGCAAGCCGCCGCGCCCGCAGGUGGACCGCCUGCUCGCGGGGCUGCGCUGGCGCCGGCUGGAGGAGCCGCUGGGCUUCAUCAAGGUUCUCCAGUGGCUCUUUGCUAUUUUUGCCUUCGGGUCCUGCGGCUCCUACAGCGGGGAGACAGGAGCAACAGUUCGCUGCAACAACGAAGCCAAGGACGUGAGCUCCAUCAUUGUUUUGUUCGGCUAUCCCUUCAGGUUGCACCGGGUCCAGUAUGAGAUGCCUCUCUGUGAUGAUGACUCCACGUCCAAGACCAUGCACCUCAUGGGGGAUUUCUCUGCGCCUGCUGAGUUCUUUGUAACCCUCGGCAUCUUUUCCUUCUUCUAUACCAUGGCUGCUUUGGUCCUCUACCUGCGAUUUCACAAGCUCUACACGGAGAACAAGCGCUUCCCACUGGUGGACUUCUGUGUGACUGUCUCCUUCACCUUCUUCUGGCUAGUAGCUGCAGCUGCCUGGGGCAAAGGCCUGACUGAUGUCAAAGGGGCCACACGGCCCUCCAGCCUGACGGCAGCCAUGUCUGUGUGUCAUGGAGAGGAAGCAGUGUGCAGUGCCGGGGCCACGCCCUCUAUGGGGCUGGCCAACAUCUCUGUGCUCUUCGGCUUUAUCAACUUCUUCCUGUGGGCUGGGAACUGUUGGUUUGUGUUCAAGGAGACCCCAUGGCAUGGACAGGGCCAGGACCAGGGCCAGAGCACCAACCAGGAGAGCGCGGCUGAGCAGGGAGCGGUGGAGAAGCAGUAAUCAGCCCCCACCUGGCGACUCCCAGACUGGACAGCACCUCUCAACACCUCCAGCUUCCAGGACCUCCCUCUUCCUCUUGCAACUCCCUUUCCCCAUCAUUCUGGGCUUUGAGAUGAUGAAUGGACAGUCAUCUGCUGUCAGAAACCUGGGCAUCCCUCCCACUGGCUUCCUAUCCCUCCUCUUGCUAGAGCCCCUGAGGAUAAGAAUUUAGUGCUUCUUGUCUAUGGCCCAAACCAGACAUGUUACUGGGGUCUUACCUGUAUCUUUCUAGCCUCUGGGAACCAGCCUCAGUCGCAAGCCAGAACUAGGGGCAAGACACCAGAGCUCUGAGACUGGUCCCUAGCAACCACCUUUCUGUCACCUGUUCAGUCUCAAUGCAGUAGGGGUUAGGGAGCUGGCUGGCAGUCUUGCUCCUAUCCCUGCAUGGAGGGCACAGCAGUGACUUGGUGACAUCCCUUAAUGGCUGUCAUUUAGUCCCUGUGUCUGACCUCUAGCCUGCCCAGAACACAGUGUUUCCCAUUCUCUUUUCUGGCCUCUUGCUUUUCUAUAGCACUUACCACGUGUGAACCAGGAGGUCUAUCAGCCUAGAAAAGGGCCUGUAGAGGGUCCAUAGGAGGCCUGGCCUUGGUGGGAGCAGUUAAACUGCAACUGAGUUGCAAUUUCAAGGAAGAAAAUAAGGAAAGUGACUGCCAGAAUCGGUUUUGUCUAUCCCCUUCAUCCUUCCACCCACCAGGCUGGGGUACUCUAAAUCCUACUUACUCUAGAAACUUCUUACCUCCUUCUCUGCCCUUUUUGAGUUUGGUCUCAUUUCACCCUUGAGAUACAAGACAAGAGGCCUAGAAUAGCAUCUCCAUUUCAAGAUCUCCUCACCUUACCUCUCAGCCUAUCUCCCUACCCCAGCCUCUUGGGUCUGAGGCAUUCAAGAUCUUUUGAAGACUGCCCAGGCCUUCUUUUCAUUCCCUUGGGGCCAGAGAAGGGCUUUGGCAGGGUCCAAAAGACCAUCGUGAGGCUGAUCUGUCCCAGAGCCGUGGGACAGGGAUAGACGGGCCCGUUUCUCCCUUAUUCUCUCCUUGUUUCCCCCAGCACCUUCUCUAGUCCUUCUUUCAUCCUUUCCCUUCUCACCUUUACAGUGCCCGCUCCCUGGCCUUCCUUCCCAUCCUCUCCUUGCUUCCUGUUUCUGCCAGGCUGUCUCCUCCUCAGUCCAGGGUAGGCCGAUGCUAUUGGUGCUUCUUCACUUCGGGACCCAGUUCCAUAUUUGUCUUUGUCUGACACCUCCUGCAGUCCCUUUGUGGGCCCCUGGGCCUCAGAGUGCCAACUGGGUCAGGGCCCCCUGCCUCCGACCUGGCCCGAGACACCCCAAACUGUCCCACCAUGGGGCUGCUCAGGGAAGCAGGAAGAGGGAAGAAUUUACCCUUUUUUUUUUUUUUUUCUAAUCCAGAGCCAACUGGCCCAUUUAGCAUCCCAAAGGUGAGUGUGUCCUGUACCAGUCUCUCCUCAGGACUGAGUCGAUCCCUUCCACCUCCUCCCCUCCCUUGGUGCCAUUCAUAGUAACUUGUGCAUUACUUGGGUACUAAAGGCUUAAGACCUCUGAGUGAGGGCCACUCAUUUCUUGCAUGGGUCAAUUUCCCCCACUUGACAGGGGAAGUGUGAGGUUUAUAACCCUAAAAGUUAUGGGGUCCUUCAGUAAAAGAAUUGGGGUCAUUCUUUUCACUGUUGGUUUUAUCCUUUUUUCAGAUUUUGGGGAAGGGAUUUGAGGAGGGACAAAAUGAGAAGAAAGUGAAUAUGUUCCUAAGUCUGAAACUCUCUGUCCUGCGUUGUCCCAUGAAAAGGAGGGAGGGUGGCCAGUUUGCCUACAGCUCCAGACACAGAGAACAAAGGGGGUGAACUUCCCUUUUCUUCAAGCUGGCCCCAAUGGGGGGGGGAGGGGGACUGUGAGUAACUUCUACUGGAACUUUGUUUGGAUUCUGUGUUUGUAUUUAUAAUUUAAUAGAAGUAUAAAAGAUAAAGCGGUCUCAUUUGGGGACUGAUCUUAGCAACUGGCCCUUCCACUAGGAAAAGGGGGGCUGCUGUUCACUCGUGCCAAGAAGUCCUAGCUCACAGCUUUCCCCUAGGUGGGAAGGCUCUUCCUCAUGCUCAAGAGGCUGGCUGGUCCUUGAUUUAGGCUCUGGUCACUCUCACCAUGGCCAUCCUAAGAAGGGCUAUUUCACCUGACUGCCUCCAGAGGGCUGGGCUGUUCUCACAAGACUUCAGUCUCCUUCCAACCAGGGCUGACAUCACUGCUUUGCCUAGUGGAACCCAGUGUAGGAGAUAUCUGGUUUCUCCAGCUGCUGUAGGAGGCCAACAGACAGGGCACUGGCCCUUUGCCCUGGAGGACUACGACUCCGCUGGAGUGCCCACCUAGGAGCUUUCCUAGACACGAGCCUACCAACAUCAUGGGCAUGGGUCUCCUACUUCUGGGAUUGCAGAUCAGCGGUUGGGGGAGAAUGUUGCAUGUUGUUUUCUGGUGCUUUAUUACACAUUUGAAUAAACAGUGCUGCAAGCAUUUACCAUGAAGGAGCCAACA